AUGAAUACUCUCAAUGACACUGAAGCAAAGCGACAGUCAAGAAUUAACAACACAAGGCUAGUGGACGAGCAAGAUGGCACUAUCCUCGAAGACAGAGCAAUGACGCUUCAGACGACAGUGAAAACACUUUUCAAGUCAGCACUUACCAAACUCCAGAAGUUCUUCAGAACCAUACAACGUCGGUUUAGCGUCGAUGCCAUGCAGAAACAAACAGAUAACAUGUUUAAGGGAUACAGGGUAGAUCAGGCCGUUGUGCCGAACAUUUUGCACAGUUAUUCGUAUAAAGCUUGGGCAGACGAAGUGAGAAGAAUCUAUCACGGCAAUAAUGAAAAGACCGACAUAGCAAUUAUUUCGUUAUUGACAUUUCGAUAUGGAGAUGCACAACUACGACGGAUGCUAAUGGAAGUGGGUGAUGUCCCAUGGAAGAAACAGAUUGAUCGAUUGAAGAAUGCGCAGAUAGAUUAUUGGGUCAAAACAGGAAAGAGUCCACGCGACGUCGCUCAAUGGCUUACAUUUUCUGGCACCAUAGCCGAAAUCGCGGCAAACCCCUCAGUAAACAGUUGGUUUGCUUACGUCGCGAAACGUGGCAAGAAUGAGUCCCCAGCCGAUCUGCUGGUCGAAGCACUCAAUUUAUAA